GGUUUGCCUAAACUUCUUCCAUCAUGUCCGACGCACCGGCUUCCACAGCACCAGAGGCAGUGCCCGAGACAGUAGAUGAAGGAGCAGUGCCUCCAGCAGAGCCCGAGCCUCAACCGCCAUUGAAGCCUGAGCCUGAAGCAACUGAAGAUCCUCCCCCAGCCCAAGACCCUGGACUAGCUUCUACACCUGCCGAACUUGAGCCUUUACAGGAGGUCCCACCCGAGCCAGCAGUCGAGCCGGAACCUGAGCCGACACAAGUAGCACCCCCCGGGCCAGCUGCCGAGCCGGCUGUCGGACCAACUCCCGGACCGGAACCUGUACCGGAGCAGCCUGUUGUGCCAAUUGUACCAGAUGUACCAUUUGUACCAUUUGUGCUAGUUCAGCCUGUAGCUGAGCCUGAAGCGGCACCCGAACCCGCACCUGCACCCGAACCCGAACCCGAACCUGCACCCGUACCCGAGCCUGCACCCGCACUCGAACCUACACCAGACGCAGCCUCCGAAGCAGAGCCCGAGAAACCCAAACUGGAGCCUAUUGCCGAGGAGCCUGUUGUGCCAGUCCAGCCUCCAGCUGAGCUUGUUGAACCAGGUCCUGAGAAGCCAGGGCCUACACCCUCUGUAAUCACCAAAGCAACCACAGCAAGUCGUCUACAAGCCAAGAAGAACAGCUUCAAAGACGCUGUACUUGCGAGGUUCGCGUGUCCGAAGGAAGUGGUGCCCCUGGUUGCGCACCUUGCUCGUCAGAAGAAGAAGGGCACUGAUAUCAAGCCGUUGGUGGACGCUGCCUUGUUGGAUCUUGGGGUGUAG